AUGUCACACGCCAACAAACAGCCCUCAAGUCUUCGAAAAACAGCAUCCAAGAACUCGACCAAGAAACGCCAACAACAACUCUCGAGACACGCACAAGGAAGCGGAGGGACUUUUCUCUCCGCAUCAGGAGUAGGAACAGCAGCAGCAGCAGCAGGCACCUCGAGGUCGCCGUCGAGACAUGGAUCCAGGACGGGGUCGCACGUUCAUUCUGAGGAUGAAGAUGAAGAUCACGGUGGUGGUGGUGGGUUUGAGCAUUGGGAGGGUUAUGGAUCUGAGCGUGAGGAUAAUGGUGGGAGGCGCGGUGGUGGGGAGGGGUCGGUGGAGUCAAAGUUUUUGAAUGCUGUUGAACAGCUUGGUGAGAAGCGGUCCAGCACACGAGAAGAGGCAUUGACGAAGCUGAUGGAGAUUCUCUCACAGCACUUUGUGGCGGAACUGCUGAAGUCCCAGAAGGAGGAUUUAAUGGAUUUGUUGAAGAAGUGUAUUAAGCGAGGUGGGACUCUUAUCACGCUGGUAUUUAUCACGAUCGGGGAGGACGAUGAGCAAGAGUUGACAGACUUGGCACCGUUGUUAAAGUACACCAUUACCAAUAACGACCAACCAGAGGUCAAAGCCGCCUGCUUGUACACGUUGGCGACGGCUUGUUACAUCUCGUCAACACCUCAAUCAUCCCACUUGCCGACUUACAACCUACUCGACUACCUCGCAAACUUUGCGGUUCCUAAGGAUUCGUCUUCCUCGUCUUCAUUAACAACUGCCAUUCAUUCGGAGACUCUCGUCGCGGCCCUGGAGUCUUUUGGCCUCCUAUUCGCGGCGCUGUUUGGCAGGAAUAGCAGUACUAACAAUGAUGGUGACAACGACAGCAGUAACGGCAAUGAGGCCGGCGCAGGAUCACAGCACGGGAAGGAUGCACAGCAAUCACGGCGACUGUUCAUGAAGAUGAUCCCAGCUAUCCAUUACUCUUUACUGGAACACCCUUCUGUCGAGGUUCGAGUAGCGAGUGGGGAGGUUGUUGGGCUUAUGUUUGAGGUCCUCGACCACCAUGAGCGAAAUCGGCGACGACAUGAGGAAGAGUGGUAUAAGGAGUACUACCAACAAGAUGGAACUGAACGAUCACGACGUGGUCAAGAGUCGUAUCUGGAUGACGACGAUGAAGACGAUGAUUGGGAUGGUGAUGUUGGUGGAGGUGGAGGAGGGAUAACAACAAGUACGACGGGCCCGUUCUGGUACAGGGACAGACAAGAUCUGGUCGAUGUGUUGGCCAACCUGGCGACGGACUCGAAUCGGCAUCGCAGCCGGAAGGAUCGCUGUGCGGGUCGGUCUGCCUUUCGAGAUAUCCUCAAAAGCGUUGAUUUUGAUCCAGAAGGAGAGGGGUAUAGAGAUGGUGGCAGUUGGGAGGAAGGAAGGCCUCUGGAGUCGUUAAAGCUCAAGGAUUAUAUUGUUGACUUUCAUGGAUGGGUCGAAGUCUUGCAGUUGCGCUAUCUCCGAGACCGAUUGACUUCUGGAUUCCAGACUCAUCUCUUCCAUAACCCGAUUAUCCACUCGCUUCUCCCAUCCACCGCCAUCCUCUACUCUCCCCUAGAUUUCGCAUUCAGCAACAACACGGGAGCAGGAAAAGGGCACGGCGGCGGCGGUUCACGGGUAGGAUCGCGCGUCGGAUCCCGAGUUGGCUCAAGAGCAGGAUCUCGAGCCGGGUCUCGAGCCGGGUCUCGACCAUCUUCAUCCAUGGGCUAUUACUCUGAUACUGGAGAGGAUUUUACGGGGGUUAAUCACGGUACUCUGUUGCAGCAGAUACAGGCGAGCAGUCGUGUGGAUCGCAAGUAUCAGAAUGCGGAGGUUGCUAGGUUGCGACAUGUUCAGCGGAAGAAGGAUCGUGAUGGAAUUGGUGGUGACAAGUUUUUUGAUGAGUUGGAGUAUUGA